GUCCGAGAUGCAAAUGAGGCGCGCGGUGUGUUAAAAAGGCGCGGGAGCGCGCGGCACGGCCUUUAGCCCAGAGACCGGAGCGCGGCACCGGGACAAGAGAGUGCGGCUGAUCCAGAUUUGUACAGAGCUUCAUUCCGAGCAGUAACAUGUCGGACAAGUUACCCUACAAAGUGGCUGACAUCACGUUGGCCGAAUGGGGUCGUAAGGCCAUUGAGAUUGCAGAGAAUGAGAUGCCUGGUUUAUUGAUGAUGAGGAAGAUGCAUGCGGAUUCUAAGCCACUAAAAGGAGCCCGGAUCGCAGGCUGCCUCCAUAUGACUCUUCAAACUGCUGUAUUAAUUGAAACCUUGACAGCACUUGGAGCAGAGGUCCAGUGGUCGAGCUGCAAUAUUUUUUCUACUCAGGAUCAUGCAGCCGCAGCAAUUGCCAAAUCUGGAGUUCCUGUGUAUGCAUGGAAGGGAGAGACAGAUGAAGAAUACAUUUGGUGCAUUGAACAGACUCUGUAUUUCCUUGAUGGAAAACCCCUCAACAUGAUUUUGGAUGAUGGUGGGGACCUUACGAAUCUGGUUCACAACAAACAUCCUAAGCUGUUACAAGAUAUCAAGGGUAUCUCUGAAGAGACUACAACUGGAGUGCACAAUCUCUAUAAGAUGUACAAGAACAAACAACUUAAAAUUCCUGCCAUCAAUGUGAAUGACUCUGUAACUAAGAGCAAGUUUGAUAACCUGUAUGGGUGCCGAGAAUCACUUAUUGACGGUAUCAAGCGUGCCACCGAUGUUAUGAUUGCUGGUAAAGUAGCUGUGGUGGCAGGAUAUGGUGAUGUGGGCAAAGGUUGUGCACAGGCUUUGCGAAGCUUUGGAGCCAGAGUUGUUAUAACAGAAAUCGACCCCAUCAAUGCUCUACAGGCUGCUAUGGAAGGUUAUGAGGUCACCACCAUGGAUGAUGCAUGUAAAGAGGGAAAUAUAUUUGUGACAACAACUGGCUGCAAAGAUGUCAUCCUGGGAAGGCACUUUCAAGAAAUGAAAGAUGAUGCGAUCGUUUGUAAUAUUGGCCAUUUUGAUAUUGAGCUGGAUGUGAAAUGGCUGAAUAAAAAUUCAACCAAGAAGGUGAACAUUAAACCCCAGUCAGCAGCAUCUUGUUCGCGUGCCUACUUGUCUGCCCUCAGCAUGCUGCAGUGCUGUAGCAAAUCACAGCGCAGACUACAGGAGCAACAUCGCGUCUUCAAACUAGGCGGUUUACAACCUUCUGGGCUCAAUAUUGAGUUCAGCACCUUCAAACUGUGA